CUUCACUUUCUCUCUCCUCAACUUCCUCUCUCCUUCACAUGCCGAGAGCUCAGCUCAGCUGCCCAGCAGUCACCUCCACCAUCCCUGACCUGAGCCACGGCUCCCUCCCUAUUUAAGCACCUCCAGCCCAACACCCCAAACCACCAACAUCUGCAACAACAGAGCAGCAACACAAACAGCUUCCUCUUCUUCCUCUCCUUCCUCAGCCAACCAAGAAACCAAGACAAGGAAACAAUUAAUCCAGCAGUCAACCAUGGUGCUUCUUCCCGCUGAUCGCAUGGACAGCCUCUUCUCCCCGCGCUGCGUGUGGGUGAACGGCCCCAUCAUCGUCGGCGCCGGUCCUUCGGGGCUGGCAGUGGCGGCGUGCCUGCGCGAGCAGGGCGUCCCCUACGUGGUGCUGGAGCGCGCCGACUGCAUCGCCUCGCUGUGGCAGAAGCGCACCUACGACCGCCUCAAGCUGCACCUGCCCAAGCAGUUCUGCGAGCUCCCGCGGAUGCCCUUCCCGGACCACUACCCGGAGUACCCCACCCGCCGCCAGUUCAUCGACUAUCUCGAGGACUACGCCGCCAAGUUCGAGAUCAAGCCGGAGUUCAACAGCACCGUGCUGUCGGCCCGCUACAACGAGACCUCCGGGCUCUGGCGCGUGCGCACCGCCGUCCCCGGUGCCGGGGAGGUGGAGUACAUCGGGAGCUGGCUCGUCGUCGCCACCGGCGAGAACGCCGAGAGCGUCGUCCCGGGCAUCCCGGGCCUUGACGGCUUCGCCGGUGAGGUCACCCACGUCAGCAACUACAAGUCCGGCGAGUCCUACCGCGGCAAGCGCGUGCUCGUGGUCGGCUGCGGAAACUCCGGUAUGGAGGUCUCCCUCGACCUCUGCGACCACGGCGCCCGCCCCGCCAUGGUGGUGCGCGACGCCGUGCACGUCCUCCCCCGCGAGGUGCUCGGCAAGUCCACUUUCGAGCUCGCCGUGCUCCUCAUGCGCUGGCUCCCGCUCUGGAUCGUCGACAAGAUCAUGGUCCUCCUCGCCUGGCUCGUCCUCGGCGACCUCGCCAAGCUCGGGCUCCGUCGCCCCGCCGCCGGCCCACUCGAGCUCAAGGAGACCCACGGCCGCACCCCGGUCCUUGACUACGGCGCGCUCGCACGCAUCCGCGCCGGUGACAUCGCCGUCGUCCCCGCCGUCAAACGCUUCGCCAAGAGCCAUGUCGAGCUCGCCGACGGCCGCGCACUCGACUUCGACGCCGUCGUCCUCGCCACCGGCUACCGCAGCAACGUGCCCCAAUGGCUCCAGGGCAAUGAUUUCUUCAACAAGGACGGAUACCCCAAGACCGCGUUCCCCCACGGGUGGAAGGGCCAGUCCGGCCUCUACGCCGUCGGCUUCACCCGGCGCGGGCUCUCCGGUGCCUCCGCCGACGCCGUGCGCAUCGCCAAGGACCUCGGCAACGUGUGGAAGGAGGAGACCAAGCCCAACAAGAGGGCCGGAGCCUGCCACAGGCGGUGCAUCUCCGUCGUCUUCUAAUCUGAUCCCAGCCAUGCAUUAGACUAUAAAACUAACUGAAGCACACACACAAAUUAACACACUUGUUAAUGGUGUUUUAGUAGUCAGUCAGUCAGUCCAAUCCCCUUGGUUAAUUUGUUGUUGAUUUGUUCUUUAAGUAGUAGCCAGUCAAAUCAAUGGAGUUGUUAAGUAGGUUAUACAUGAUCACAGAGAGUGACUAGUGUGAGGUAAAAGGAAAAAGGUGGAGCCCUCCCGUCAGUGGGGAAGUGAGUGAGCCCUAGGGGAUUUUUACCGCAGCUAAGGGCGCUAGCUUGGUAAAUAGCACCUGUUGAUGGAAGAAGAGGCUCUUGUCGUUGACCUUGUUUCUUUCUUUCUAUACACUUCAGUGUAGUGUACUACUACACUUUGUAGCACUAGUUUAAUUUAUGGUUUGGUUAGUGAAGAAGAGGCAGCACCUCUUGUUGUAAUCUUUUUGUAUUUACUUCUUCUCUUUGUAUGAAUGUCUUUCUUGUGUUUACAAAUAACCCCUCUCCCUCUCUCUCCACUUUGAAUUUAGUAUUCAUAAAAGGAAAGGGUUGGGUUCAUUUUCCUCUUUUGUUUAGGAUCUCUUAAAGAUUUUGUAUUUUCUCCUCCUUUAUCAGUAUAAAAUUG